CCUAUAUAGCGACUAUCUGCUGCAAUCGCCAUAGUUAGGCACUUGGAAUCAUUCGAAUUGACAACCCCGUGGGCCCAUCCAAUUUUCCAUCAUGCAAUUCAACAUAUUUUCCUUCCUUUUCGUCCUUCUGGCCGCCUCGCAGGUCCAGGCCGCGCUCUCUGUCCAAAGCGUCUCGGCGUCCGUCGGAAAGGUAUUCGGGUUGGUUGAAGAUGCCACCCAAAUUGCCCACUCAAUUGAAGGCAAUUUUUAUCGCGGCGCAGUACCGAGACUCGUUGUCAACACCCGAAAUAUUAUCGGCCUUCUUACUGGAGAGGUCCAAAACGCCCUCGGCGGUCUUGACAGUAUUGGAGGAGACAGUGUCCAAGGCGAAAUCUGCUCUUCAUUCGACAGCUUCACCAAGGUCCAGCGAAAAUUCUUAAACACCAUUACCAGCAAAGGCGAUGUCCUCACGGGUGGUCCAGCAGCUGCAGUUAUGGACAACAUCCUCCAUGCGCUGAAGCGAGGCGUCGACGGUGUGUCUGCUGGCAUGAUUGCCGGUUUGCCAUCAUGUGUCACCGCGAAAGACAACAUGAGGACCCUCGACGAGGCCUUGGAUGAGGCCUUGGAAUCAAUGUCCUAAAUCGUCCAUUUCACGAGUAGAUAUCCCGAUUUUGGUGUCAUUGUCAUGAUAAAUAGCGUAAUGAGGGUAAUUUCAAUACUAUGGACCAUCUUAGUGGAA